AUGAACAUCACACCAAGUGGGUAGCCAUUAACCCUUUUCUUAGUAGCAAGACUCACCAGUUCGUCUGCACAGACCUUUAAAACACAUUGUUUGUUGGAAUGUCAUAAUUUAUUUGGAACUUGGAAAGCUUUCGGUAGUUGUAGAAGAAUGGCACAUAUCUAAUACUAAAGAUGAUCAGGAGACUGAAAAAGAGAAAUAUGCUGUGGUAAUUACUUUUAUAGUCUAGGUUUAAUGAACCUUAGGACUCCUAGGAACUUCAAAUGGGACUUCUCUUAUAUUUUAUAUCAAAUGAAAUGUACGCAAGGGAAAAAUUAAUCAAUAUGUAGAGCACAACGUUUACAGUUUAAUUUUGUUUUUCAGCCUUGCCAUGUGAUAUUCUAAAUCUUGGCAAAUAAGGUACCCAUCUUUGCCUGUAUUUGUGGGCUUUUUAUUGGAAGCCCCAUUUAUUUCUAGGAGUAUCAUUGGAUCCACUUAUGUGGCAACAUUGUAGAUGCAAACAGAAGCAGAGACUGGCAUCCCAAUGAUGAACCUUGGUACAGAGCUUUGAUGAGAGUAAAUAGUGAAAAAGGAACAUCUAAGUGCAUUUCCCCCCAUUCUCUACAGCAGGGAUGGGGAGCUUGUGGCCCUCUAGAUGUUAUUGGCCUAGUCACAUCAGCUGCAGCUGGACCAAAGAUUCUCCAUCCUUGUCCUACUAAGAUAUGUGCAGCCCCAAGUCCCAGCUUAAAGGGGCUUGUCCAUGCUUCCACAUCUUUUGUACCUAGGAAGCAUGGGUCUGAUAGGUUGUCCCAUGCUUUCUUGGCUCAGUUAUGAGUGGUUUUUUGCUCAUCCUGAAGCCUUCCCUGGGAAAACCUGCUGUUCGAUGCUGAAUCGGUGAACAAGCUCAGGGUACUAAUCCAUUUUGGGGAGGCAGUCAUUUCCUUAUUGCCCUGGCAUUUGCAUUUACAGAGAUUUGAUUUGAAUGCAGACACUGAUCUUCACAUCACCAUUUCCCCCUGCUAAGGCUGUUGUUAAUUGCUGCAGUCCAGAGGUUAAAUGGAAGUGCUAAUUCAAGUGCAACCUAGACUAUACAGUCCCUUAUUAAGGGAAGGAGAACAAUAAGCAGCAUCCUAUUGAGGGCACCACUUCUAUGGUACAUUUAUGACCCAGCUGUCUCACAGGUCUCACUUUCAGUGAUAAGGGUAUAUAGUGGCAUCAUUCACGACAUCCUCUCCAGUGAAAUAAUGUCAAGUGUCAGGCCACUGAUGCUCGCUUUAGCUUAAUGGAAAUGCCAGCGCCAACCCAGAUAAGCAAAGAGAAGGUUAAAUGCCUGAUUUAAAUUUCUGUUGAAACAAAGUCUAAGCUUGCAUGAAAAUGAAGAUAAUGUCUUUGUUUAACACCAAAAGGGCAGGGGAAUGGGUUGGCAGAAAGCUUAGAACGGGGUGGGGGGAGAACCUUGCACAAAAUGCUUAUCAGCCGCAAGAAGCUGACGAUAACAAGCUUGUUCCAAAAUCAUGUUUGUCAGUGAUUUAGGUGGCCACAGUGAGUAAUUAAACAGCUCUUAAAAAUCCACCAUAAUUUUAAAAUAAAAAAAUAUGUUGUAGUGUUACAGUAGAAAGCCUAAUUCAUUAACAAGUGUGAAAGUGAAAUCUGAAAGCCAAAAUAAUGGGCUUAGUGAAUAUUCAUCUGCUUUUGUGUUUCUAAACGAGUAGAUGGUCACAUCCGCACUGUAUAUUUAAAGCACAUUGCUCCCCCCACCCAAGAAUCCUAGGAACAGUCUUCUUCUUCUUCUUUGGUUAUCACUCAUAGCCGAGUAAGACUGUCUUCCAUAAACACAGUUUUAACAAUGAGUCCGUAAGUGACUGUGGAGGCCAAUUCUGGAUCCACACGUCCUUCCACAGUGGGGACAUUGGUUUCCGGGCAGGAGUUGUUUAUCCCUCACAGAACUACAACCCCAAGCACCCUUGACUAACUAUAGUUCCCAAAAUUCCUUGAAGGAAGCUAUGUGCAUUCAGUGUCCUUUCAAUGUACGGUGUGGAUGUGACCAAUAUUGGAACCUGAUUGCCUAUGUAGCACCUCAAGCAUUGCAGAAGGCCAGUCUGUCAGCUUACCUGAAUGGACCCUUAUUUUGCAUGGUAGAGGAGUGUGACCAGCUCUGUGCCUCUGCCGUGGCUACAGUGAAAGAUGUGAUAAAGUACUAUGCAGCUCAUGCAUCACAUAAUCAUUCCCACUUAGAAAAAGAGAAGGACAUUCCAUAAUUCAUGUUUGUACAUGUUAAAGUGUAGCUAUGACAGGGAUACAGAGUACUAUGGCUUCUCUACCACCUGAAAGGCAGGUUUAAAGUGCCAGAGGGACUUUUUAAAAAUGUUUUUAUCACUUGGCAAAACAUUGCAGAAUAACAUUAAACUAGAAAAGUCUCGGUAAAAAAAAAAAUCUCAAUCAAAAGCCCUUUUUUUUGCAGUGCUGUAUUAAAAUUAAUCGCCUGCGGAAGGCACUGUGAUUAUUUUCAAAAGGUUCUGGUGAAUAUUAGCUAAAGUACCCAGCUUCCUCAUGUCACUCUUGUUGACAGAAAACAUCAAGAAUGCAAACAAUCUGUGUGCAACUGCCCAAAACUGCAUUACAGUAAGGACUGGGGCCAAUGGCAUUCCUCUAGUUGGAUAGCUAAGAGGAUUGUGUUUUGAAUAACGAUGAAGAUCCUCAGUUUCCACGAUACUGCAAGUACAAAUUCCAUUCUCAUACCCAGUUAUUAGUAUCCCUUCCCUUUGAGUUUGCCACUAUCAGUUGAAAUCUAUGAGCUAUGACAGCUGUCCUUUGUGCACAGCAAAUGCUUUUCACAAGUAUGAUUCCAUCUACUUUGAUUUAGCCAAGGUGAAAAGAAAAUGUCAGAGAACUGAAUCCUGAUAGUUUUGAACGCUGAUAUCAUUGAACCUGGUCUUCGCUUUGUGAAUUGCAAAAAUCCACUGUGCACUACCAGUCAGGUAGGAGUUUGGAGGAUAUACCGAAUCAGACUGUUGGCUCAUCUGUAGCUGUGUUACCUAAACAUCUACAGUUCAUCCAUACCCCAGCCCUACCUGGAGAUGUUGGAGAUGGAGCCUCAGAUCUUCUGCAUUCAAAGCAUGAGCUCUGCCACUGAGCUAUGGCCCUUCUCAGGCCUAAGGUAUACAGCAGCUCCAUAGCUCUGUUGCUGAGUUGAUCCAGGUUGGGACCAUAGUAUGAAGAUGAGAGGACUUUAACACUUUGUCCCUGCUAUAUCCAGGGUUGGCAAUUUGCAACUGGAAGAAAAGCUCCCAUUGUAGAGCUUUUGUUACUAUGCAAAUUGCUGGUGUGCAAACUCAAUCUGGUUUGGGGCUGCAGCAGGGAGAAAGGAUUAAAGUCUCUAAUCCCCAUGUCAAGAUCCUGAUCUGGAUCAAUGGUUCCAUGCUGGCUAGUUUAGCUUUCAAAGUUGCUAAAAGGGAGGCCAAAAGACAGAGACACAUUCCACACACACCCUGUAAAAACAAGCCCUGUGUGGAAGCAAAAGCACCUUCCACUCAUGCAGGAAGAUCUUUGGAACCAAGCCCUAGCCACCAAAAUACAGAUUUCUUCCUUUUUAUUGUGCAUAAUAUGAUCAUCCUUGGAAUAAUAUGUAAAAUGCAGGCAGCUGAUUUUAGCACUGAUAAAAGACAUAGGCAAAAGUCUAUGAAUUUUUGGAAGCAUUCUGAGCAAUGGAGAAAAAUUGCCACUCAGCAUAUUAACAGAAAAGUUACCUAAUAAUCCACAAACUGUAGUCUGAGUGGAUUGCUGAGAAAUUGUCAACUGCAUUAUUCAGAAGCAGAACCAAAGUGUGAUUCCUUAAGAUUUAUGCUGCUGCAUAAUUUAUCUGGGGGAAAAGUUGUAGUUAAAGCAUCAUUGAGUGCUAUUAAUCAAACAAUGUUUUUUUACUUAAUUUGAUUUAAAGUUCUGCACAUUUCUUCCUAACAAUUUUUGUAUAACCUAGAGAGGCUUAGACUGCAGUGCAAACAAAUAGUGGUGGUUGAAUGUCUUGUGGCUCUAUUAGGAACCAGUUGAAUAUUUAUGAGCCUUCUCAAGGAAGUGAUCAUAAAAAGAAGAUUGUCUCUUUUCUGGAAGUUAUCUCCUGAUUCAUAAUAUUGGUGCAUUUGCACAGCAUGAUGAAGCCACACUUAAUGCCAUCCCUGUGAUUUGAUUUCGUCUGCCCAGUCCCACUCUACAUUGAGUCACCUGCCUUGCACCCACCUUACAUCACCAGCUAUGGUGGCUGAGAGCUGCCUGAAAUGACUCUUUCAUAUAAACCACAUGUUUCAGCAUGAUGAGGGAAUCAGCUGCUCCCUAGUGGAUUCCUUCAGGGUGGGGCUAACAAGGAGAGGUCAUGGCCUGAAUUGGGAGCUGCCUCGAGCCACAUCCAGCCCACAGGUCAGCAGUUCCACGCCCCUGAUAUGAUGGAAAGGCAGAGGACUGUGGACAACUUAUCUCUUGAGGAGCCAGCAAUUGGCAUUCGGAGACAUGCUGCCUCUGACAAUGGAGAGAGAGAGAGACCAUAACCACUGUGGCUAGUAGCUAUUGACAACUGUAUCCUUCAUGAAUUUGCCAAAUCCUCUUUUAAAGCCAUCUAAAUUGGUGACUCCAUCCUGUGAAGGGAAUUCCAUAGUGCCACUAUGCACUGUAUGAUGAAGUUCUAUCUUUAGGGCUAGACUUUGAAGGACUGUGGUACCUCGGGUUAAGAACUUAAUUUGUUCCAGAGGCCCGUUCUUAACCUGAAACUGUUCUUAACCUGAAGCACCAUUUUAGCUAAUGGGGCCUCCCGCUGCCGCCGCCGUGCAAUUUCUGUUCUCAUCCUGAAGUAAAGUACUUAACCCGAGGUAAUAUUUCUGGGUUAGCAGAGUCUGUAACCUGAAGCGUCUGUAACCCGAGGUACCACUGUACUUGGACUAAUGUCAUGUGCAGAAUAUAGUGGCCUCUAAGAACAGGAAAGAAUCUGUCCCUGGUAUAAAGUAAGGAUCUUUUUUUAGAAAAAAAUAAAAUAAGAAAGCUAUAGCUGGUUGGGUAAAAAUGGCUGGCCUUCUCUUACAUCAUUCAGCUCUUCUUUUCUACUUCAUUUCUCAGAGUUUCUAUAAUUUAUUUAUUUUUUAAUGGAAAACUUAAAUCUUCAAAGAGAAACUCAAUCUUCCUCUACUAGAGAUAAACAGGUGUGUGCCUUUGAAUUAUUGAAGUGUUGAAUAAAAGGAAUGCAUGAACAGUUGCCUCUUAUGCCAAGCAAGGUCUGAAAAGCCAGGUUUUACAAACCGAAGUGAAAUUGCAAUGGAAUGAUUGAACAAAAGAAGGUAAUAAUCCUGGUGGAGAUUACAAAGAUAAAGCCAGGAAUCUGAAAGCCUCUAGCACUUUCAUAGUUUUGCAGCCUCACUCUCACAUUGUCAAGUCUUUAUUUCAGGUAUGUGGAGGAGGUUGCUCUGAAAAGCAGCCUACCCAGCCCACCUGCCCCACGAAGAAGCACUGAUGGAUUCAUUAGAACAUCUUCAUUAUUAGCUUAAAACAGGAUAAGCAGCUUUUGAAGCACUUCCCAGGUCAUUCUCUGUUUUUCAUUCCAUUGGGGAGGGAGGGGGGUAUUUUAAAAAAGCAUCAAUUUUCUAACUAAUUCUCCACUGAGUUUCAUUUACAGCUUAAGAGGGAACAUAAAAUAGCCUACUUCAGUGCCAGCUGCCACCAGAACUCUUCAACUUCAUCAUGAGGGAAGACUUAAGAGAGAGCUGAGGAAAUAGCAACUGCUUUCUUUUUAAUGCAAGGAAAUUGUUCUCCACAGAAUGGCAGGGACAUACUAAAUAUGUAUAAGAUAUUUGUUCUGAAGAGUUCUAUGAAGAGCCUCUGUAGCGGAUUGCAAGCACACAGCAACUUAUUUCAUAACUUAAUAGAAAAUCCAGUACUUUAUUAACAGCCAACUUCCCUUGCCUUUCUGAAAGAAAAAAAAAAAGAAUAAAAAUCACAAGGGAUGUCCAGCCCUCAAGAAGGAUAUUAUGGAGUUGGAAAAGUUUUGGGAAAAAGCAACCAAAAUGAUCAAGGGGAUGAAGAAAUUUUGCGACAUUUGGAACUUUUUAGUUUAGGGAAAAGGCGAGUAAGAGGUAGCCUGAUAGAAGUUUAUAAAAUGAGGUAUGGCAUGGAAAAUGUGGAUAGAGAAAAGUUUUUCUUCUUCUCUCACAAUAAGUCAUGGACAUUCAGUGAAGCCAAGUGUUGGAAGAUUCCGGGUGGAUAAAAGAAAGUACCUUUUCACGCAACGCAGUUAAAUUAUGGAACUCACUCCUGCAGGAAGCAGUGGUGGCCAUGAAUCCACCAACCUGGAAGGUUUUAAAACAGGAUUAGACUAAUUCAUGGUGGAGAGGGCUAUCAAAGGCUACCAGCCACAAGGGUGAUGCUCUACCUCCAUCAUUGGAGGUAGUAAAGCUUCUGAAUAUAGUGGUACCUCGGCUUAAGAAAUUAAUUCGUUCUGGAGGUCCAUUCUUAACCUGAAACUGUUCUUAACCUGAGGUACCACUUUAGCAAAUGGGGCCUCCCACUGCCACUGCGUGAUUUCUGUUCUCAUCCUGAGGUAAAGUUCUUAACCCGAGGUACUAUUUCUGGGUUAGCGGAGUCUGUAACCUGAAGCGUCUGUAACCUGAAGCGUCUGUAACCCAAGGUACCACUGUACCAGUUGCUAGAAGCCACAGGAGGGGAGAGCACUCUUGCUUGCUGGUUUCCCACAAGCAACUGUCCAGCCAUUGGCCUGAUCCUGCAGGCUCUUUUUACAUUCUGAAUUUUCUGUGUUUAAUGACAGGGCCCUGUAUAAUAGUUGCACAUCACUGAAAAGGGACAUCACAUUUUCAGGACAUUCAUGUGCAAAAUCAGAUAUGCAAUUUUCUUAUGGGUAAAAUCAUUUUCUAUUUUCCAUCCCAAUGCGUAUAUAUCAUUCCCUGUUCAAAGGCCCGACUUUAAAUGCCUCCUGUUGAGUUCUACAAAGGAAUACACCGUACAUUUAAAGCCCACAAGUUCCCACAAAGAAAUAAUGAGAACUGUAGCUUACCCCUCACAGAGCUACAAUUCCCAGCACACAGAACAAACUACAGCGCCCGGGAUUCUUUGGGGAAAGUCAUGUGCUUUAAAUGUAUGGUGUGUAUGCAGUCCAAGGAAUAGGAAGCAGACAAGCGGUGUGACCCCCUGGACUGGAUGUAAGCAAGCAUGCUGGCAGGUGGAGGUUGCUGAGAGCAGAUUGAGAUUGUUGGGGCUGUAACCCAUUCAGCGCUGUGAAGGGGAUAUGUAGAUGAGCUCUCUAACACAGGAGCAGUGAAAAGAGCAGAAGCAUAUUUGCAAAUGUGCAAUAAACAGCUGGAUUAAGGGCAAGGGAAGCCGUAGUCUUCCAAAUAUUACUUGACUACAACUGUUACCAUUCCUAACCGCUGUCGUGCUGGCUGAUGGGAGGUGAACUCCAACAUUUGUAGGGUUGCAGAGUCCUCACCCCAGAGUUAAGCUUAACCACCUGAGAGAUGGCUUUCUUCUGAAGCUAUGUUAUUAUUUUAUUCUAUUUUUAAAGAACAACCAUUUGUUUAUCAUGGGGGGGAUGACAUCAUUGAGUGACACCCAGCAUGAUUCAGCCUCAACCCAAUGGAUGUAGGUAACAUGAGUGCAUUCAAAUGGGCCUACUCUAAGUAUGACUAUCAUUGACGAUGGCCCCUUAUUUUGUAAGCACUAACUUUGGGCAACUUGUGCAAUUUACAUUUUCCACACUCUUGGUACUAGAAUCCCAUUAACAUUGUGACUAGUUUUCACUGUCACUACUUUGGCCACAAAUUCCAUUAUUCUAAUUGAGUUCUCCCACUGUAGGAAUGUAUCAUUGCUCGUUAAAGCUUUUAACCGAGCCUUAUCAGAUGAGAAAAAUGAAUGUGGGCAUUCGCUGACAUUUGCAAAUGAUGGUCAAGUGCCUGAAAGAGCUGUCGGUUUUUGUGUCUAAAUGUAACAGCCUUCCCAAAACGAAUACUAAUGGAAAUUAGAUUCUGGCUUACUCAACUAUAUGAUAACUUCAUAUUUUUUUAAGCAUUUGAAAUUCUGUUCACAAAAGCAGAACAAUGUACCCAAAAUGUAUUGAUCUCAUAAGGAUUCAUGUUGGCUGAAAUUUCCAGGCUAAGGAAGUUGGUCUGAAAUCAGGGAAAGGGCCAGGGGAUGGAAAUGUGGAGUUUUUCAUCUUAACCUGCCAAACCAGCCCAUCUAGGGGAAGGAAAACUCUGACCCUAAGCCUCAGCUGCCUUGCAGCUAUACUCAUUUGUGAGAAAGGCUUGGGGAGUAAACCCCGAAGAAAAAUUUGAACCCACUGGUUUGCAGGAUAUUUUGGGAGCAAACGCUGAACAAAUCCAGAGUGAAGUCCCUGAGACAGUUAGAUAACACCUUGUACGCCUCCUUCUGGCAACUCCUGCAGCCAAGCUGGUGGCAAACGUAGUGCUCUGCUUUCCUUUGGACCACAUCAGCAAGGCCAAGAAGGGGGUUUAUGUCAUCUAGGCAGUCCAAGACCUCCAUACACACUGCCCAGGCUUGCACCCCAGAGAGGUCACUUCAAAACUGCAGUCACAGCAGGGAAUGUGAUACUAACACAAAUCAGUAAAACAAAAAUGCAACUUAAAACAACAAAAUAGUAACCUAAUAAUAAAACAAACCCCCUCCACCCUCCCAAAAAUCCAAGCACACAAAACAGAAUCUGAUCCUAUGGGUUAGGAGAAGCCUAGGCAAAACUGAUACAUAUGUUUUUUAAAAGCUGCAUUUCUGCUGGUGGUAAAUCACUUGAACGGGAUAAAGAAACCAGCUGCUUGUAGCAGUCAAGAAAGAGAAAACUGAAAUGUGCUACAGUAAUUUUGCUAAUUAUGUCUUUGGACAAAGCAUUCAAAUCAUAAACCUAGUAUUGCUUUUGGCUUGAUAUUUGAGUGGUCCAUCUUUGCUAAUUAAGAAUUAGUUCCAGUUCCUCAGGCUCUGAGAAGAUAAAUCAGCCAUCUUGCCAUAUUCACUGAGAAAUGGGUUAUUUGUACCCUAUUAUCCAAAGUAGUGAUGUUCAGUCACGACAAGCAAAUACGGGUUCACAUUUAACAAACUGCACUUGGGAAUCUUGCUUACUUUCAAGGGAGUUCGAAUAUGCCUACUACAAGCAGAGGAACCAUCUCACUGACAUAGUUCUAGAGUGUGGGCUCAUGGGGGACGUUAAAGAGCAGCUCGGAUCUCUGAUUGGAUCAAAUUGUCUAUGCAAGAUGCUCGGUAGCAGUCCACAACCGGUGACUUCUAGGUCAAAUCUGAUUCCAUGGAGCUUGCCACUUGCCCUGUCAACACCAGAGGCAGGUUGAAUAGCAUCAGUGGAAACUGAUCCUGGUAGCACACCAUCUGGGACUUUGGUUUCUUGUUGAAAGUAGUUCUCUAGCUACCAAGGUGCUGCUAAAGUUUGUGAUGGGCAGGCUUCCCCAAUCUGGUGUCCUCUUGGACUACAGCUCCAGCCAGUGUGACCCAUGAUCAGGGACUAUGGGAGUUGCAGUUCAAAAUGCCUAGAAGACAUCUGUUUGGCGAAUGCUGGUGCAGUGACUCAAUAGAACGAGAACGAUCUUACUCUUUUCAUGCCUUGUUGCAAUCUCACAUUUUAUUUUUCCACCAGGCACAGUGCAUCUUAUGCAGAACAAAGUCUUGAUGACUUCAAUGAGACUUCCUUCCAUUGCUGCCAAGCUUCUGCUGGCAACUAAGAAAAUAUCCUUCUGCAAUAAGCAGUCAAUCUCUGAUUUUGAAUCUUUAUUUUGUGUUUGUUGUGUGGUUUUAAGGAUAGUUGCUGUAAAGUGUUCUGAUUUUUUUUAUUUUACAAAUUCUGGUAUAUAAGCCAGCUAAAUUUCACAUUUGCAUGCCUUUUGAAAUCAUUUCCUAUCUCUCUUUUUGUUUUGUUUUGUUAAAAGUAGCCAUAGAGUUGGAUAAAUAUUAAAGGUAAAGGUACCCCUGCCCAUACGGGCCAGUCGUGUCCGACUCUAGGGUUGCGCGCUCAUCUCACUCAAGAGGCCGGGAGCCAGCGCUGUCUGGAGACACUUCCGGGUCACAUGGCCAGCAUGACUAAGCUGCAUCUGGCGAGCCAGCACCAGCGCAGCACACGGAAACGCCGUUUACCUUCCCACUAUAAAGCGGUACCUAUUUAUCUACUUGCACUUAAGGGUGCUUUCAAACUGCUAGGUGGGCAGGAGCUGGGACUGAACGACGGGAGCUCACCCCAUCACGGGGAUUCAAACUGCCAACCUUAUGAUCAGCAAGUCCUAGGCACUGAGGUUUUACCCACAGCGCCACCCGCAACCCCACGAGGAACGACCCAGAUGGGACUCGAACCCACAAUCCCCAGCUCCGGAGGCUGAUGCCUUAUCCAUUAGGCCACUGGGUCACCCUGGAUAAAUAUUAGAUUAGGACUAAUGCUGAAGAAUUCAUUCUUCACCUCUGUGCCCUUGUCCUGAUGAAAUAUCUUCCAACCUGUUAUUUGUCCCAUUAGUUAAAACUAAUGGCUUCAGUUGGGAACUUGUGCCAUGGAAAUAGCUUGGGGGGGGGAGUGUAACCCUCCUCCCACAGUGUCAUAGCCUUAUUUUAAUUUGCUAGCUUAAUAAAAAAAAAAAAGCAUUUGAAGAUCUAAUCGUGAACUUCCAUUUUCUUGUUGAGCCCUAUGUCAAAAUGUACUCCAGAUCAAAGAUAAAAGCCAAUAUAAAUAAUCUCCAUCAUUGCAUCUCAUCUGGCCACAGAUGGUUUAUCAUAAAAUAUUAAUAGUUCAGCAAAGAAUGGCUGAACAAUGAAGAAAAUAAAGUUUGGCUGGAACAGUGUUUAACUUUGGUCUGUGUAAAAAAAAAACGUUGCUUUCAAGGCCAAAUGACAGCAUCACACAUUUUUGAUGAGUGUGGCAGGGUAUACACACUGAAAAUGUGGCAUCAAAUAUACACACUGAAGAUGAUGAUAUGUUGACUGCAUUUUUUUAAAGUCUCCCUUUGAUGAAAUUGCCUAAUUACAAGUGAAAAAUUGAAAUGACUAAUAUCCAAAUUCCAGCUGGGCAAACCCCCGUUAGGCUGCUAAUAAUAUUUGUAGUUUGACAUCAAUCAACACGUGUUCAGAUUUCUAGCUUCUCCUAAACUCAAGGGAUGAGAGCCAGGUGAAAAGGGAAAUUACCGACAAGCUGUAAACAACCCUAAAUUGCUGCAGAUGCACCGGGACCGUAUUUGCUUUAAAGUGAUGUACACGUAAUCAAAAUUUAAUGCAGAUCAUCAGUUAUUUUUCAGACAUUGCUAUAGAAGCAGCAUCUGUGUUUAUAGACAACAUACUAUACUAUGCACUGUACAAAUGGGGAAGGGGGUGGAUAAACAUUAGGAACGUUAGGGCUGUGCCAAAGUUUCAGAACAUUAAAAGAGGCCUGCUGGAUCAGACAAAAGGUUCUCUAUAGUUCUGCAUCCCAUUUCCAUCAUUUGCCAGACAAAUGCCUCUGGAAAGCCCACAAGCAAGGGAAGAAAAGGAACACCUUCCUGCAAUUAAAUGUUUAUGAUGUUUGACAAAACCACCCUUUUGCAGGGGACUGCAUUUAUCACCCAAAGCUUGGGUUGCCUUUAUGAAAGCAAAUGCUGUUUGGUUCAAAAGCACUUGCCAGUUCUUUUGGUACAGAAAAUCCCUGCAGUGGUAUAAUGCAAUGAAUAAAGUGUUGUUUGUGUCAGGGAUGAUGCAAAAUUAGAUGCUGGCUCAUGAUGUCGCCAUGUUGCUAGGGUAUAGCAAAUGAAGUCUGCACGUCAGGAAUGGCCAUAGUUCAGGAAGUGCAGUCACAUGCUUUGUAGGCAAAAGGUCUCAGGUUCAAUCCCUGGCAUAUCCAGGUCGGGCUGUCCUGCCUGAAGCCCUGGUAGGCCACUGCCAUUCCAAGAAAUCAAAAUUGAAAUAGAAGAAUCAAUUAUCUGACUUGGUAUAAGACAGAUUUCUAGGUACGCUGAUUAUUCCUGUAUACCAGGCAUGUCCUACUGGUACAUCACGGGGUGUUCCUGGUAGAUCCUGGUACAUCUUUGGCCCCUCAGUUAUCUCCUCCCCCAACCCAAAAAAAGGGGAAAAACAACUGUGGCUCAACAACUUUCCCUUUCCCAAAAAAGCUCAACAACUUAUCACUGCCAGUUUUUUUUUAUACUACGAGUAGAUCGCAGUCUAUCGGGAGUUGGACAUCCCAGUACUAUUGUUAGGGACUGACUAGAUGACAAGGAGUGGUGGGAGGUACCAGCUGGGGACCCCCAAGGGAAGCCCCAGAAGAGGAAGGCUCAGAGCCUAGGGCUUGGUGGUGGGACACCAAUGAACUCUGCAUCUUGUGUGCUAACCUGCAUCUGACAAAUUAUUUACAUAUACAUGCAGCAUGCCAUACAUAUGUGCUGAUGUCACCUGAUUUAGCACUGGGUUACAUAGUCCCAUUUUAAGGAAAUGUAGCAAAUGUUCAGGAGAGAGGGUCAGACCUAUUAGAUGCUUUCCCCCAAACUGGUGCCUUCUAGAUGUUUUGGACUACAGCUUCCUUCAAUCCUGAUCAUUUGCCCUGCUGAUACAGCUGACCCCACUAUCCUGUCCGCUGGAUUUGAUUCAUGAAUUUUACUCCGGUAGGGUUAGUUGGUCAAAAGGUUUUUGUUCCAUAGUCAUGUUUAAGAGUAAUGUCAGUCAAGUUCUGCUGCUUUGGCUUUUAAUUAUGUAGGAGGCAAUAAAAUGGUACGUGGAAUAACCUGAACUUAGAAAAUGUAAUUUAGCUUUCUCUAUGAAAAGGUUAAGUUAGUUAUUAAUUGAGGUCAUAGGAAAGGGAUUAAAUACUGUAUCAAGACUUAAUAAUAAUUUCCACUCCCAUCCCUUCUGAGACUUGAGGCAGUCCUCAAAGGCAGAAAACAGCGCGCACUUCAGACAGAUGUUGGAAGCUGAGCAAAGAAAUAGCUGCACUUUAACCAUCAAUAUUCCUUCUUGCUCCCUAGUGAUGCUUCUAAGUUAUUCACGUUAAAAAUGUAGCAACUCUUUAAUAGAAGCCUACUAAUCACAGGGCUUUAGGUAGGGCUAACAAUGAAGAACUUAAUUCCUUUCACCAGAAUUAAUAAUGUGGAUUAUUAAAACCUAGGACAGUUGUUUCAUUUUGGACUUUUUUCACUUUGGAUGGAUACUAUAAAAAGCAAUAGUGGCACUUUAACUAUACCACCUGUAAUCCCUCUUGCCUUUUAAGAUGCUCCCAGAAUCCAUGUGACAUUUUAAAUCCAUGUGACAUGGAAAAUGCUUAUAUGAGACAGAGAUUUAUUAAACAUUUAUGAUAUGUGUUAAAGAGACAAGCUGUGUAAUGCUUGCCUCUUCCACAGUGCAAUCAGCUGCAAUUGAAACAAAGAAUGGGGAAAUGAUUUAUGAAACCAAGGAGACAGAAUCAAUAAAAAGACAUUCUUCCAUGUGCUAUAUUACAGGUGUGAAAAAUGUCACAAUGUCUGUGGCCUUCUUUUGAAAGAGCAGAUUUCUACAGAAGCAGCAAUUAGCAAUUGGGGCCAAAAAAGGGGUUUUUUUUAUGUGUGACUUACAGCAAUUAUAAGAGCUGCUAAUAUCCAGAAGUGCCGGGUUUCUGGGCUUCAAUUUUUUUUCACACAGUGAAGCAAGACUUAUUGAGGCAUUGGAAGUGAUGUCCUAACAGAUGCGGCCAUUACCUUCAUUGCUGCUGCUGCGUGUCACCCUAUAGGCUUGGAAAAUUUAGAGCUUCCAUGCUAGAGGUGAACAGAAAACCCUGUGUACAUUGGGUAAAGAGCAGAGUGAUUGCUUUGGCUUUGCCCCAACUCUGAAGUGGAUUGAAGCAGAUGGAAUAAGAUUCCGCAACCCAAUCCAGUCAUGUGCAGAAGGGAUGGUGGUGUGUCACUGUCCCCAUGACCCUGAGGACGUCUUGGAGACCACUUGAACUGAAGGAAGCAUUUUCAUACCUCUCAAAAUUGCCACCAUUUGGGGGGCUGCAUUUAGGGGGCUGCAUCCAUCCCUGUUUCCUUGGCAACCAGGAUAAUGCUCCGGGGGGGGGGGGGAGGAAUGAAUCCACCACAGUGUAACCACUGCAAAAUAGAGUGUGUUGGCCCAAACUGCAAUUUUAUGUGACUCAUAUUGGGUUAAGACUUCACAAUCAGGGCAAUACCCCUUCAUAGCUCUCACUACCAUCAUCAUGGGAGCUCAGUCAGCUGGAAUCAUAGGUGCAAACUAAUAGGGAUGGAGAUUCCUUUGGGCCCCCAAUAAAAGAUUUGAGGGGGCCAGAGCCCCCCAAAGUUUAGGGGCAUUGCCUUUCAAAUGGUGUGUGUGCACUGCAUCUUGUGAUUGGUGAUGCGGGGCAGGCCUUACCUGCCCCUGUGAUGUUAACAUAUGAGAGUGCUGGAGGUGAAAUAGUUAAACAGGUUACCCAAUCAGAACCCAGGGGGUGGAGUCAGAGGGACUAUAAAACCAGCUCUGGGAGGGGCGAAGGGAGGAAUUCGUUGGGAGUUGGGUGGUUGGUUGGAGUGGGAGUGAAUUGGGAUAGAGUUUGGGGGUAGGUUGAGUUAGUGUAAGCCGAGUCAGGAACAGUUAGGAACUAGGAAGACAAGUAAAUAUCUGAGAGGUGGUUUAGUGAGUGAGAGCAGGCAGCGGAAGUUAUAGGUCUGGAUAGGCAACCCAUGAUUGUAAUGGACCGAUACCGUUUAUGAAACCACGCGCUUGUUAAACUGCAAUAAAUAAACCGAAGUUUAUGUUCCAAUUUAACCCUGAUUGGACUCAGUAUUGUAGAAGGUAGGGCCUGGGUAGUGGCAGCGAGAAAUAAAGUGGUGGCACAGGGAUCAACAGGCAGUGAAACGUCCAGGGACCCUGUGUGAUCGCCACAGCGCCCUCCCCCAAUAUUUCAUUUAAGUUGGCACCUGUGGCUGGAAUCCACAUUUCCAGGAUGUCUUCAUGUUUGCUGUGCAAUUUCUCAACAGGGCUGGAUGCUAUAAUGGAGCAAGAAGCAGCCCCAAGUUUUUUAAAUGGCAAGGCAACAGCUGAUUGGUGGAUAAAGGCUGUGAAGAGGCUGUGGAAACAGGAGCAAGAAUACAUUGGAAGUAUCAGCGGACCCCCUCCCGCAAUAUUCUUACUGCUGGUUUCUAAAGAUUAUUAUUCCGACCAAGGGCUUUGA